UUGAUCCUCCAAGGAGUGAGAGACAAAUGAGGGAGCCGACUACUUUACUCCUUAUAAUAGCCAGUGAUAAUAUCUCCCUCCAGAAGUUGUUUGGGGUGUUGGUUUUUUUUGUUUUGUUUUGUUUUUCUUCUGCUGAUUCUGGGAGCCGGUUGGGACAAAUCUCUCUGUUUUUGGCGGAGUAUCUUUAUCACUCAUGAGAGGAAAUGUUCAGGAUUAACGAACUGCAUUUUGCAAAGACUUUUGACAGACCUGCAUGGUAGAGGAAGUUUGACGGCAUUUUCGGGCCAGGCAGCUUUACUUGCAGGAGGCCUGCAGCACUCCAGCUACACUUUACUUAAUUAUUUUUACUAUGCGACGUGAUUAACAGAAGGUAGAAGCUUUAUUCUGAACUGCAAACCAAUAAAAAUACUGUGAGACUGUUGUAAUAUUUGCAGGUCUAAUUCUGCACUAAGUUAGCAACAGGUAAGACCACCAAAGCCUGGGUAUUUUAGGCAGUAGUCACAGAAUAAGUAAUUUAUAAGCCAUCUGACUGAAUAAUCCAAGUUUUACAUAUAAAUUCCCUCUUUAUACAGAAAAGCAACUGUAUUUGAAUAAACAGAUGCUACUUGCAUACAUAUAUUUCUAGAGGUAACUUUGAGGGAAAAUUUAUAUUUUUGCUUUUAAAAAAUGUAAAAAAAGGAGGGGAAAAAAACCACUAUUGCUUCUGGACGAGAAUUACCACAAUGAGGCCCUUAAAAAUACACGUGUUUUUUCUCUCCUUUAGUGGGAAUUGGAGUAGGGGGUCAGUUGAUAAAUUGAACAAAGUUGUUUUCCCCGCUUCGUGUGUAGGCAGCUCACACUUGUCACCUUCGUAAUACUCGCAAACAAGCGUGGAUGGGGGAAUCAGUACAGGAAAAUACAAUUGCAAAGCAAAAAGCCACCGAAACUGAGAGGAGAGCCAGAUGCCGAGGUCUGGCUUCGUUCAGCUGCAGAUUCACUGCUGUGGAACCGGCUCCGUUUGACGGCGGCGGCCCCGGCUCAGGCCCCGGCUGCCCGCGGCAGGUUCCCCCCGCAGGGCAGUGCUGCAGGAGCUGUAACCAGCACAGGUUCCCUCCCUAACGCACCUCCCCGAGCUGCCUCACGCCUGUUUACAUUCAAAAUCACUUUCCCGGGGCGUCCAGGCAGAAAACAGACGUGCAGAUUGCCCCUGCGAGCGAUGGGUUACGUGUGCUUAUCAGGGAGCCAUGACAUUGCUGCUUACCUCUCGGAGGGUUCUCUUGGCAGAAUUCAGUCCUCCGAGGGUCCCUGAAACCUAAAGCAAUCCAGCCAUUAAAGCACUUUAAGACACUCAACAAUGUUAGGCAGAUUGGCGGUGACAUCCCCGUCCUGUACCAUCCUCACUUCUUCGCCCUGCGAAGGAAAAGCGAACUCCUCGCGUCUUCUCGGUGCCCGGGCGCGGCUCCCCUUCAAAAUGGCACUUUCAAAUCAAUCAAGGACACCAGAAACGCGGGAAGCAGGGAGCGCUGCCGUGGACGGUCGCCUUCCACCGUUAAGACAACUUGACAUUGACCCUUCAUCCUUGACCUUGUCCUCAGCACGAGAGCGGAGCCCGCGCCGCUGCCGGGGCGGCCCCGAGCGCGGAGCCGCUGCCCGCGGGGCGCCGAGCGAGGGCGAGGGGGGCCGGGAGCGGCACCGGAGCGGGCUCCUCUCCCCCCGCGGGCAGGUGGAGCCCGCCGGGGAGCAGCUCCGGGCAGCGCCGUGGCAGAGGCCGCUCUCCCCGCCUGCCGAGCUCCCCCGAUCCCGCUCCUCCCGCCGGGGUGCGGCGGCUCCCGCUGCUACAACCUCCUUUUCCUUUCAUUUCCCCCCGCCCUAGGCCUCAGCGGCGCUGCUCCGAGGAGCAGCGGGGCCGCGCUGGCUGCGGCGGGGCAGUGCCGUGCCCGGGCUGCGCGGCGAGGGGACGGCACCGGGCGCCGCGGAGCCGCGGCGGGGCCGGGCCAGGGGCGGGCGGGAGCCGCUGCAGGCCUUCCUGCCCGAACUCCGCCGCGCCUCCUUAAAUCUCUGCCGUUAAAAUGUGGGCGGGUGUUUCAACUCAAAAAGCGCUCAAAUUUUUUUUCUUUUCAAAAAAAGCUGAUGAGGUUAAAAAAAAAAAAAAAAAGAAGGGGGGGAAAAAAAAAAAGGAGAGAGAAACCGGCUUCGUGUCCUUAGGAAACAGAAGUAGCGAUUGUUUGUGCUUAAAAAAGGGGGAGCGCAAAGCCGCGGGCGGAGGCGGCGGCCGCGGACCGGCAAGUGCAGCUUUAUUUCGCGAAGUUGGAAGAGGAGGCGAGCGGGGCUGUCAGUGCGGCUGCGAGCGCGGCCGGGCCGGGGCAGCGGCGGCACCAGCGCAGCCCCUGCCCCCGCCAGGAGCUCGCCCCGCGCCCCGGGAGGAGCGGCCGGACCGGGGAGCGCCCGGCGGAGCGCGGACUGCGGGAUCCCGGCGGAGGGACGGCGGCGGAGACGGCUCCGUGCAGCGGCCGCUCCACGCCCUGAGCGCGGGCGGCGGUUCGCGGCAGCCCCCCCGCGCCGCCCGCCGCCCUCCUGGAUGCUCCGGAGCGGCCGCCGCCGGGGGCGGCCGCCGGCCGGGAUCGCGCCCGCCCGCUGCGCGGAGGCUGCGCGGGGCCGCGGGAGUGAAGCUGCUGCUGCUGCUGCUGCUGCUGCGGGGAGCGAGAGCACCGAGGGAGCGAGCGGGGCGCCGGGACAGCCGCCGCCGCCGCGCCCGGCCCUCCGCGGGCGCGGCUCGUCCUUCCCUUCCCUGCUGGGCCCGGACUAAGGCGACGGAGUGGGAUGAAGGGGGCAUCCCGAGCGGGAGUUGGAUGCACAGUGCUACAGGAGCCCUUUCCUCGGAGCUGCUGCUGCUGCUAAGUUUCAGAAACCGACUGUGAACAGGGUGAUGAAACUCGGGAACCCCGAAAUCGCCCGGCGGCUGCUCAGCAACGGGGCGAACCCCAACCUGAGAGACAGCACCGGCUUCGCCGUCAUCCACGACGUGGCCAGGGAGGGCUUUCUGGACACUUUGCAGACUCUGC